AUGCAUUCAAAUACAACUAAUCUAACAUAUUCUAAUAAUAUACUUACAUUUUAUUUGCCUGAUUCUAUUAAAUUUAAUAUCAGUGAUGAAUUUUAUAUAACAUUUGAUCAAGGUGUUUUGUUUUCUAACAACACAUCAAAUUCAACUGCUCAGAAUGACUCGACUUUUUGGCGUUUAAAAGUUAUCAGUUUUGAAACAAGCACCACUUCAGUAGAAUAUACAUCAAUGGGAACUAUUAAUAACGCAAUGACUGGCUCGUCAAUGAACUAUAGUGAUACUGGUACAACUAUUAUGACAACAAUAGUAACUACAUAUAAUUCAAUAAAUCAAACAACAAUAAAUUCAAAUGCUACAACUAUUAGUCCAGGAGAAAUGAUGCGAGGCGAAUCACCACCAACUCGUUCAGCACAAUUGGGUAUGGGUUUAGGUAUAACAUUUAUUACAGUAAUAGUCAUCGGUGAAAUACUAUAUUUUAAAUAUUGUUAUAAUGGUAGUGGACGAAGUGGUAGUUAUUUUACAUGA